GGAAGGGGGGCCCAACUCCCUGGCGGGUUUGUCUUAAUGGAGGCGGGGUUGGGGCCGCCUUCUUUGCGGGAGUGCAGGGGGAUGACGCCCUGGGGGCUCAGGAGCGCUGGCAGCGGACGGGGGUGCACACGCACUACACGGGGUCCUGGAGCACCUGAGGCACCCGGGACUGGGCCCCUCGCCCGCAGACCAAUUCUGGGGUUGCGCGCUCGGCGCCAGCGCCACACGUGCGCACGCGCACAGUCGUGCAUAGGUAACGGCGAGCGCGUCGCUAACGGUCGCAGCCAGGCUCGGCGCUCCAGUCCCAGGAAUUCCGUGCGCGUCAUGUCAAGUCCAACUCCUCUGCACACCUGGGGAAAAGACGGGGCAGGAAACCUGCGGGAAGAAGGGGGAGGGACAGUGCUGGCAUCUGCCUCCUGCCCCGGGACCCUGAAACGUGAGGCACGCCCCGUUUGAAGCGGGCACCAGAGGCUGCCAGGCGUUGCGAGCACGAAACUGCCCACUAACCCGACCCCUCUUACUGCCCCGCGGGCAUGCGUCGCGUGGCUCCUGGUUUCUGUAGUCUAUGCGGCCUCCAGGAGGCUGCUGUGUCUGCGGGAUCCGAGGCUGUGUCCGGAUCGAGCGUGUGCCCACGUGGGAGCGCCCCGGGAGCCGUGCAAAGCGCCCGGGGAAACCCUGGGCUUCUAGUGGUGGACAUUGCACAGCGCGGGUUCACGUGCUCUGUACGCUGGGGCCUGCGUGCGGCCACCCGUCGUGGGACGGGCCAACGACUGGUUCCAGGACAGCGUGCGGAGCGUCUUUCCGGGAUCCCACGGUGGGCUGGCUCGACCCGCGGACGAUUCGCUGCGCGUGCGCGGCGAGACCCACCCGAUCGCCCGCCACGGCCCCUUUAAGAGUGGAGGGGGCGCGCGCGGCGGGAGAGGAGCGCGCGCUUCCCGGAACAGCUGCGUGCAGGAAAAAGCCCAGAAAACCCGACCUGCAGCCGGAGUCCCAAAGGUGGAGCCGCCGGGGCCGCCAGAACCGCCGCCGCGGCCGUCGGGAGCUCCUGCGCGCGGACGAUGCCCAGCGCGGCGGCGCGGGGCUCGGGGUGCUGAGGCCAGGGGACACGGGGUAGCCAUGGCGACGGCCUGCGCGACCCGCCGCGCCGCCUGACAGGUGGGACCGGGCCGGCCGGCACAACAUGUACGCCAAGGGGAGCAAAGGGUCGGCUGUGCCCUCAGACAGCCAGGCCCGCGAGAAGCUGGCGCUGUAUGUGUAUGAGUACUUGCUGCACAUGGGGGCCCAGAAAUCAGCACAGACUUUCCUCUCCGAGAUCCGGUGGGAGAAGAACAUCAUGCUGGGGGAACCCCCGGGGUUCCUGCACUCCUGGUGGUGCGUGUUUUGGGACCUGUACUGCAUGGCGCCCGACUGCCGGGAGGCCUGCGCGCCCUCGAGUGAGCCCAAGGCGUUUCCCGACUUUAGCCCUGCAGCGGGCCCUAAGCCUAUGGUGGGGGGCUUGGUCCCUGGGGAUGUGAUGGCAGCCGGACCCUUGGCCCCUGGCUUCUUCCAGCCCUUCAUGUCCUCGCGGUUCCCAGGGGGCCCCUGGCCCACCCUGCGGAUGCCGAGUCAGCCUCCUGUGGGCCUCCCAGGUCCUCAGCCCCUCCUCCCCAGUUCCAUGGACCCCUCUCGCGCUCAGGAGAGUGCCUCCACCCCGGGCCAUGGCUGGCCUUGGGCCGCAGGUAAGGGCAGGCCAGGGAGUGGGGGGCUGGGCUCCCUCCUUUUGGCCCCUGUCAUGCCCUUUUCACCUUCACAGAGCUAUGGCGGGGGCUUGCGGCCACCCCCCCAUGCCGUCAGCGGCCCGGCCCUGCCCCCCUCGAGCAUGAGCCCAGUGGGCCGAGGCCCCUGGACCAGCCCGGGGGACAACUCGGCCCCCUACCCAUCGUCUUCCCCUGGCAGCUACACUGGACCCCCAGGAGCAGGCAGGCCCUCGGGAACACCCAUCCUGCCCAGCCCUGGAGACUCCAGCGCAUCCAGUGAGAACACGUACACCGUCAUGAACCCCGUGAGCGCCAGCAGGGCUAACUUUCCACUUGGGCCGGCCCCUGAGGACCCCCUGAUGGCGCUGAGCGCCCUGGAGGCUCACCACGCCAACGGAUCCCUGGGAUCCGGUGACAUGGAUGGGCUGCCCAAGAACUCCCUGGGCUCGGUGGCGGGCCUGAGCAAUGCCCUGGGCACCCCGCGGGAUGAUGGCGAGAUGGCACCCGCUGGGACCUUCCUGCAUUCAUUCCCUAGUGAAAGCCUCUCUCCUGGCAUGACCGUUAGUGUGUGAAGGGCACUGCCCAGCGGCCCUGCCCAGUCACAGGCUGCAGGGAGUCAGCGCAUGGAUAUGCUUUCAGCUGGCGAAGCACUAAAUGCUCUGGACCGGGCCUGCAGCCCUGCAGCCCGGUGGGGGACGGGCGGGGGCCCUGUUGGGGCUGG